AUGACCGAGACCAAGUCUCGCAUAGACCCUUCCUCCCCCGACGCCGCCUCCGUCGACGCCCUCAUCGCCUCCAUGGAGGACGAGCUCGCGGCCGCGGGCGGUCUCGAGACGGGCUUCUUCCAGGUGCAGUUCAGCGACCCCCGGCACUUUACGUGGCUGCUCGUCGCCUUUGCCAGCAUGGGCGGCCUGCUCUCGGGCCUGGACCAGAGCCUGAUCUCGGGCGCAAACCUGUUCUUGCCAAAGGACCUGCACUUGAGCGCCAGGCAGAACAGCCUUGUCAACGCGGGCAUGCCGCUGGGGGCCGUCGGGGGCGCGUUGCUGCUGUCGCCGGCGAAUGAGUACGGGGGGAGGAAGUGGGCGAUUCUUCUGUCGAUUCUGCUGUACACUGUGGGUGCUGCGCUGGAAGCAGGAUCCAUCAACUUUGGGAUGAUUGUCUCUGGGCGUGUUAUUCUCGGUCUUGGUGUUGGGCUGGAGGGCGGCACGGUCCCGGUCUACGUGGCUGAGACGGUCGAGCGUCGAAUUCGAGGCAACCUCGUCUCGCUGUAUCAGUUCAACAUUGCGCUUGGAGAAGUCCUCGGGUAUGCCGUGGCAGCCAUCUUCCUCAAGGUCCCCGGCAACUGGCGCUACAUCCUGGGCUCAUCGCUGUUGUUCUCGACCAUCAUGUUUGCUGGCAUGCUGUUUCUGCCUGAAAGCCCUCGGUGGCUCAUGCACAAGAACAGAAGACUGGACUCGUACAAAGUCUGGAAGCGCAUCCGCGGCACAGAGUCUCCCGAGUCCCGAGAAGAGUUCUACAUCAUGGCCAACUCCGUGCAGCACGAGAACGUUGCCGUUACCGAAGGGGCAAAGAACCAGCGUUUCCCCUGGAUGGAUUUCUUCACCGUCCCUCGUGCCCGUCGAGCUCUCGUCUACGCCAACAUCAUGAUCCUCCUUGGACAGCUGACGGGUGUCAAUGCCAUCAUGUACUACAUGUCCGUGCUGAUGAACCAGAUUGGCUUUGACGACGAAAAGGCCACUUACAUGUCCCUUGUCGGAGGCGGAUCCCUGCUCAUCGGCACGAUCCCAGCCAUUUUCCUCAUGGAAACCUGUGGCAGACGGUUUUGGGCCAUUACGAUGCUUCCGGGCUUCUUCAUUGGCUUGAUAAUGAUUGGAGUGGCUUAUCUGAUUCCCCCGGAGAGCAACUUGCCCGCGGCAGAGGGUCUGUAUCUCAGCGGCCUCAUCGUCUACAUGAUGUUCUUUGGGUCCUAUGCCUGUUUAACAUGGGUUGUCCCAUCAGAAGUAUAUCCCACCUAUCUCCGCAGCUACGGCAUGACCACGUCCGACGCCCUCCUCUUCCUCGCCUCCUUCAUCGUCACGUACAACUUCACCGCCAUGGAAGACGCCAUGACGCGCACCGGCCUGACGCUCGGCUUCUACGGCGGCAUCGCCUUUGUCGGCGAGAUAUACCAGAUCUUGUUCAUGCCCGAGACCAAGGACAAGACGCUCGAGGAAAUCGACGCCGUGUUUUCACGGCCGACUGGGGACAUUGUGCGGGAGAAUUGGGCUGGCGUGAAGGAGACGGUGGCGGAUCUGUGUAGUGGGCGGUUCAAGAAGGUGUUUGAGGGGCAGAUGCAGAGGAGGAAGAGUCUUGCUGAGCCCAUUGCUUGA